AUAAAAGAGUGUUUUCCAACUAAACUCCCAAAAAUUUGAGCCCGUUUGUUUAUCAUCAUCAAAGACCGUUUUACCAGCCUCCUUCUUCCCUUCUCCAACCAGAUCUCUUCUUUCAGUUCCUGUUCUUCUUCAACGAAGCCAGAACCAUCAUCCCUGUUCGCAUUUCUCGGUCCACAAGACGAUUUCUCUUCUGAUUUUAGCACAGCCGUUGAUUAUAAUUAUUCUUGAUUGAUUGAUUGAUUGAUAGUCAUGGUACAUGCUGCUAAAGGACUUUUUAUUUCAUGUGAUAUACCGAUGGCACAAUUUAUCAUAAAUUACAAUGCAUCACUGCCCCAAUCACAAAAGUUUAUUAUACAUAUUCUAGAUGCUACUCAUUUGUUUGUCAGUAGCAAUGUCGAUGGAAUGAUUAGAAGUGCAAUUCAAGAUUUCCGCAAUGCAAUCACCUACGAGAAGCCUACUUGAUUUUUGUUUUAUAUUAUCAGACUCACUCGGGGAUCCAAAUUCACAUCCAAGUCUUUUGUCUGCAAGUUUGCUCAAUCCUUUUACAUAUCACAUAGCAAUUGUAGGCAUUUGAUGUGUGUGGUCAUGUUUAAUUGGCAAAUGUCUCUGGUAGAUUCCAGGUAAACAUCUACAUGGAUAAACCAAUGAACAAUUAAAGUUAUGAAAGUUUAAAGGAUUUGGGUA